AAAAGAAAAGAAAGAAUAAAAGGGGAGGUGUUAAAAGUCUUUGGGCUUAGUAUUGUUUUAAGCCCAUGUUGCCAUGUGUUUUGGUCACGUGAAGAAAAUAAAAGGGUUGUAACAUAACACAAUUGGAGAACAACAACAACAGUAGCCGCGUGAGAGGAACAGAGUUGUGCGCCGGCAAAUUGUGAGAGAAGAGAUUUUGGUUCUAGGUGAUAAAGAGUGUGUAGCAAAGUUGCUUUGUUUGAGCUACAACUUUAGUAAGUGGUUUCUAUCAUCUAGCUAGUUUUUACUAGUUGUUUAAAUCUCUCUCUAGGUUGUGUUAAUUUACCCACUUGUGUGGAAAUUGAGUUGUUGUUUGAUUCCACCUUUAGGUGAUGAUUAUUGGUGUUCCUAGUAUUUACUAGAAGACUAUUUGUGUACCCAUUAUUGAUUUAUAGUGGAAGAUUUAUCUGGCUAGGCCCGUGGUUUUUUUAUUCUCUCACAUUGAGAGGAUUUUCCACGUAAAAUUCUGGUGUCUGAUAUUUAUUUUACCGUCGUUAUUAUUUUGCUCUGCUAUUGGAAUUUUCUGGUUGCCCAUUUAAUUGCACAGGUGGUUGGGAGAGUUAAUUCCGCAUUUUAAAGAGACUAUUUAGUCUGAUUUUCCCCAACAUGGUGUAUGGGUGGAGGUAGGAUGCAUGUGUGCACGACAAUGGAUAAGGAUGGGUUAAACAUGUUUUUCCCCACACGCAACAAUUAUUAUCUGUCUGAAAAAGAAAGAGUGCUACCAAAUUUAAACCUAAUAAUGUGCCUUAUAAACAACAAAGACAUAGCAAAUUAAGUGAAGCAAAAGCAUAAUGUUGGAAGAAAAUAUGGACAAAAAACAAAAGCAUUUUGUUCUGGUACAUGGUUUUGGCAUGGGUGCCUGGAGUUGGUACAAGCUUAAGCCACUGUUGGAAUCUGCUGGUCACAAGGUCACAACACUUGACCUUACAGCUUGUGGCAUCAACACACACAAAAUUGAAAAUGUUGAUACUUUUGCUGACUAUGCUAAGCCUUUGUUAGAGUUCUUAGCCUCACUUGCUCCAAAUGAAAAAGUAGUUCUUGUGGGACAUAGCUUUGGUGGAAUGAGUGUAGCUCUUGCAAUGGAAAAAUUUCCUGAAAAAUUAGUAGUUGGAGUUUUUAUAGCUGCUUUUACUCCUGAUACCCACCACAAACCAUCAUAUGUCCUAGAACAGUAUAUUGAGAGAUACCCAAUUACGGGAUGGAUGGACUCUAAGCUCUCAUUCCAUGGAAACAAAACAUUGGUGCUUCUGGGAACCAACUUCUUGUCCACAAAGUUCUUUCAACUCUCUUCCACAGAGGACUUGGAAUUGGUGAAGAGUUUAAGAAGGACAGGAUCACUCUUUGUUGAAGAUUUGCAUGAAGCUGAAAAUUUCUCCAAAGAGGGAUAUGAAUCAGUUCCACGUGCUUAUAUUGUUUCCAAUGAUGACUUGGUAAUUCCUUUGGAGUAUCAAGAAUGGAUGAUCCAAAAUGCUGGGAUUGAUGAGGUCAAAGUGAUCAAUGGAGCAGAUCAUAUGGCUAUGCUUUCCAAACCUCAAGAACUUUGUUCGUCUCUUCUUGAGAUUGCUGAUAAAUACUAUGCUUAAAUGAAAUGUAAUUGGGAUUUCGCUGUUUUUUCUUUUUCUAAUAAUCCGUCCCAAAUUAUAAGGAAAAAAAACUCAAUUUUUUUGUCCCAAAUUAUUAUGAUUUGGUAAUAAGUGUGUUUUUUGUUUUUUCCUUAUAAUUUGGGACGUAGGAAGUAUAUAUAAUUUGGGACGGAUGGAGUAAUGAAUAUUAGUCAUUGAUUUGAGAUCAAAUAAUUUAGAUUAUAUAGUCAAAUUAUAUACUAAAAUGAUCUCAGUCCUCGAUUUAAAUCGGACGGCUGAGAAUUGUAACUUCGUUACGACACAAAAUAUAAUUUUCAUUUAAUUUGAUUAAACUAAUAGAUGAAAAUAUUGUUGAUUUUUUUAUAUGAUGAGAAAAUUUUGCCCCAAAACUUGAAUAAAUAUCAAGGUUUUUAAUGUGGAUCAGUUUGGUCGCAAUUGUGACUCAAAUUGGUUAAUAAUUUAUUGGAUAAAACAAAUUUUAAAAAAAUAAAAAGAAACGUCAACAGCAGGGUUCGAACCUGCGCGGGCGAAGCCCAACAGAUUUCAAGUCUGUCUCCUUAACCACUCGGACAUAUUGACUGUUGUGGUUAUGUUUAAGAUAAGUAAUAUGUAUUGGUUUCGUGAUAUUCAUUGUAAUUGACUAUUUUCAUCUUAUUAAUUGUUCUCUAAAUUUUUGUGAUUUUUUUAGGCUUAAUUGUAAUGGUCGUUGGAUUCACUUUUCUUCAUUGGUUCCUCAAUUUAUUAUGAUUG